UCAGCAGCAGCCUCAAGCAAACGCAAACUGAUACUUUAGCCCGUGUAGUUUGUUAGGAAGAAGCAAGCUUGCAUCCACAGAUCGAUCGGCUGACCACCGUGGUCACCAUGCCGUCCAUUGACAAGGCCACCGACAACGGCGAGAUGAAGAAGCGGCAGCCGGAGCAGGAGCUGGUCUGCGUCACGGGCGCCGGAGGCUUCAUCGGCUCCUGGGUCGUGAAGGAGCUCCUCCUCCGCGGCUACCGCGUCAGGGGAACCGCCAGGGACCCCGCUGACUGCAAGAACGCGCACCUGCUGGCCCUGGAGGGCGCCCAGGAGAGGCUCACCCUGUGCCGCGCCGACGUCCUCGACUACGACGGCCUCCGCGCCGCCUUCUGCGGCUGCCACGGCGUCUUCCACGUCGCGUCGCCAGUCUCCAACGACCCCGACCUCGUGCCGGUCGCCAUAGAGGGCACAAGGAACGUGAUCAGCGCGGCGGCGGACGCUGGUGUGCGUCGCGUGGUGUUCACGUCAUCUUACGGCGCCGUGCACAUGGACCCCAACCGCAGCGCCGACACCGUGCUCGACGAGACCUGCUGGAGCGACUACGACUUCUGCAAAAACACAGGGAACUUGUACUGUUGCGCAAAGAUGAUGGCGGAGAUUACGGCGAUGGAGGAGGCGGCCAAGAGGGGGCUCGAGCUGGCCGUGGUGGUGCCGUCCAUGACCAUGGGCCCCAUGCUGCAGCAGGCGCUCAACUUCAGCAGCAGCCACGUCGCGCGCUACCUCACAGGCACCAAGCCCACCUACCCCAACGCCGUCGCUGCCUACACCGACGUCCGCGAUGUAGCCCGUGCGCAUGCUCUCGUCUACGAGAACCCCGACGCUCGAGGCCGCUACCUUUGCAUCGGCGCCGUGCUGCACCGAGCCCACUUCCUCCAGCUCCUCGGCGACCUCUUCCCGCAGUACCACAUAACCGCCAAGUGUGAAGACGACGGCAAGCCCAUGGCGAAGCCGUACAAGUUCUCUAACAUGAGGCUCAGGGACCUGGGAUUAGAGUUCACUCCUUUGAGGGAAAGUUUGUACGAGACGGUGACGUGCUUGCAGAAAAAGGGCCACUUGCCUCUGCCCGUUCUUCCUAUAACACAAAAGCGUGCCUACUUGUAACAGGCCACGGGACAAAUCUGUCUCAUGAAAUAAACCGAGCAAAGCAGGAACGAAAGAAGAAGAUGAACAAGAAACCAUGCUUUCUAAAUUCAACGUCGAAUUGUCUGUUUCUACAAGUAUAAAGUGUAGCAUGUAAAUACUACUAUUAUGUAAUGAAUGAUGAUAGUGUCAUUCUGGUUCAAUGAUAAACAGAGUAAAGCAGGAGGAGCAAAAGAAGGCUUUUUCCUAGGAAGAUAUUAGGAUUUUAGGGAUUCAUCAUGGAAUGGCGUAUUUCUGCAAGUGUAGAAUGUAACAUGUAAAAGUUGUCAUGUUGUAAUUUACAAAUAAAUGAUAACGUCA